AUGCCUUCGGCGUUGCAGUCGCGGAUAACGGCCUUCGAGUCGCUCGCUGGAGGCUCGUCGUCGCAUGCGACACUCAAUUCCAGCCCUCCACCGUCGCCAAAAAAGCCCAGGGCAUCGAAUGCAUCGUCCGACGACUCCUUAAUUGACGCACCAUUGUCGGCAGCGACCGCAGCCGCUUUGCCCCCUGUCGCCUUCUCAUCACCAGCACCUCAGACGAAGACACUCUCGCCGUCACCAUCUCCUCCAAUUCUCGGCAGAAAGACCUCUCUCAUCGACCUCACAGAUUGGAUUGUCGAUGACGAUCCUGUCCUGGCAGCUCCUCCACUCAAUGGUGCACCCACUCUCAAACCAAAGCCGGUCAUUGUCAAAAGGGCAUCCGUGAAUGGUCUUCGAGACGGGAAAACCCCGACGCAGAGAGCCUUCAACACCAGGGUAACGUCGCCGAACGGCUUGCUGAUCAACCUCGAGUCGCCACCAAGACCAAAGGUGCAGACGACCAAUGGCAAGGCAGCACCCCCUCUUCCCCCGCGCAAGACCGCCUCGUAUACUUCCCUCAAAUCGGUAGCGUCUACCUCGUCGUCCCAAUCAUCAGGUCCCAGCCCAAACUCGACCUUCCUGUAUCCGCCACGACGUGGAGACUCGUUAACAGUGGACUCGGCGCACGCAUAUCCCCCGUCGUCACCUCUGAACAUAGACACGCGGUCGUCAACGAGGCAUACUGCAGGGUCGUCUAUAUCUUCUUUCCACUCUGUGUCUCUAUCCUCCGAUACAGACCCAAGCACGCCAAACUCGCUGUCGAAUUUCAUUGCGUCCUACCCAGGAGACCACGCAAGUGAGGCCGAUACUGCCAGUUUGGCUGACUCAUUUGAAGACGUCUCGGCUUCUUCGUUGGCCAGCCCAGCGACAGAACGGAUGAUUUCCAUGGACUUUGAGAGAGCACGGGCUCUCCGAGGCAACGGGAUCCCGCCAAAGUUACCGCAACGCCCGACUUCGAACUCCUCAGGGUUCAGUACCCCUUCCUCUGCUCGAUCGUCGAUGAAAUCGCCGCCUCCCGUUCCUCCCUCUAGAUCGUCGCAGACAAUCCGUGGAGGAAGCUCAACACCACGUUCCAUCCCCGGUUCCCCUGUUAUCCACCCGACCAGUACAAACUACGUUACACCCAUCCCGACAACGUAUGCCGUCCGUCGCCCACCUCCACUACCCCCUUCACGUGCCUCCGAUCGUUCGUCUGUCCAGAGCAAUGCUACGACUUUCAGCAUAUCCUCUGCUAGCACACAGUCUCACCGUCCCCUGAGCAGGACCAACACAUUAACCAGCAUCAGUUCCACCAAUUCCUCCUCGAGGGUCAUACAAGUCAAGCGGCCUACCCCUGUUCCCGCCGCAGCUCGCAAGCGCUAUGAAGCUGUAUUUAACGGCAACGUCAUCCAGCGUCGAAGAGCCGAGAAGAGGCAACGAAAGCUUACCUUGAUGAAGCUUCAGGGAAACGGGGAAGAAAACAGUAAUGGGUUACUAAGUCCCAAUGAAUUCAGGGGAAGAAGAGCCGCUGGAUGGCGGGGACUGUCUGUCGAUCUCAUCACGGGCGAUCCGGAUUCUGUUGCCCAGCAGCUCGAGGAACAGAAUAAGCAGAAGAAGAAAGAGCAGGAGGACGUAGAGCAGGUGAACGAGUUCGUGGAUAAAGAUGAAAGGCUCGAGGGCGUCGUUGUCAAGCUCAUCUGGAAACGUUCCGGUCUGGACAAGAAAAGGCUUGCUGAAAUUUGGUGCGCCCCUCGUUCUCUUCGAGUUUAA